GAAUGUCAAAAACGAGCCGGGCAUCCGUUACCAUUAAGUGCUUAUUUGCUGAAACCAGUUCAGAGGAUAACGAAAUAUCAGUUGCUUUUAAAAGAAAUGCACCGUCACUGUGAUGAACAAGCUCGAUCUCAUGUUGAAGAAGCUCUCCAGUCGAUGCUGGAUCUGCUCGCCCAGCUUAAUACCGCUAUGCAUCAGUUACACAUCUCUGGAUUCCUUGUAUGUUAUUCAUGA